ACAAGAUUUGUAUUGUUUCAAAGGUCAACGAAUCUCAGUAAACAUGGAACUUCCAAUCACACUGCUUCUAUGCUUUUUGGCAGCCAUGGUCAGGAUUCCAAUCCAUGCAGACAUGAUGGAAGAUCCAGUCAACAUCCUGCCAUGGUUCAGGAAUGAAACAACUUUCGUAGUUUUUAUUACACCACCAAAGUAUAAAGAACCUUGGACAGAUUUUAAGGUGACACUGGAUCCUCCAGAUGCGGAUGAAUCUGAUGUUUUUAUCCCUAAAGUAGGAACUCCACCAGCGCCCCGCCAAAUGGAGUUUCAUAACCUAUAUCCGGGCAGAGAAUAUAAUGUCAGUGUUGAAUUGGUGUUUGAAUAUGAGACCUCUGAACCUGGGAGCAGUAUUUUGUACCGAAUACUCCCCCUAUCUCCUACAAAUGUGACUGUCAGCACGGACAUCUUUCCCGACGACUUGACUCCUGCAAACGCCUCUUUUACAGUCACGUGGGACGGACCAGACUCAGACUCUGAUUUUGAUAGGUUCCUUGUAAAGCUGCCAAAACAGAAUAUAACACAACUUGUUGAAUUAGGUGAACCCCAAGUAGCAGUGUUCAAUAAAAGUAUUACGCCUGGAGAAACAUUCCAGGUAUUUGUUAAAACAGUUUCUGGGACUGUUAGCAGUUGGCCAGCUGUAUUUAAUUUUACAAUUCCACCUCUACCUCCACAGGAUAUUAAUAUGGAUUUCAGGCUCAAUGAUGAAGGAAAAAGAGGUUUGUUUUUUGCCUGGCUGCCUCUCCAGGGCACAUGGAUCAAAAGAAAAACAAACGUGACUGCAAAUUUUGAUGAGUGGUUUAUUCAUCCCUUGUGGAGAUAUAUGCCAAGCUCUAUACAGGAUAGUUACAAGGUCGAGUAUUUCGAGUUUCAAUGUCUAUGCAAUGAGACAGCAGAUGUGUCAAAAGAAGAUGUUUCCAAAAUUUCAGAAAUUAUUGUAAAAGAUAUUCAGGUUGAAGUGAAUCGACUACAGCCUGAUAGAAGAUUCAGCUUUUUUGUAUCUGUUAAAGCAAUCAGUAAUGGGAUAGAAUCUAAGACCUCACAAACCUCAGAAUGUGCUCAACCUCGGACUUGACUCUUCAGUAAAUCUCAUUUUUAACUUUACUAGGCUUUUAGGGCGCUUCGCGCCCAUCUUCUAUUUAAAAUCUAUUUUAAAACAAAGAAGAA